AUGAUGGAAAGUGAUACUGUCAAAUUAAUAAUAAAAGCGCCCAAUCAACAAAUUAAAGAUCAACUUAUAAAUUGUGAUAUCGGGUGGAGCAUCGGUCGUCUAAAGGAAUAUCUUUCUGAAGUUUAUCCGAGCAAACCAGAAAGCGCAGAUCAGAAAUUAAUUUAUGCUGGUCAAUUAUUGAACAAUUCUUCUUGUUUGAAAGAUAUUUUAAGACAUUGUGAUGGCUUGGAGGACCAAGCAUAUACUAUACAUUUAGUAUGUACUCCUCAAAAAAAUUGUGCCAAUAACUUAUUUGAUCAAACACAAGUUAAUGAAAAUGUAAAUAUAAACUCUACCAUAAGAAGUGAUGCUGAAUAUAUCAGAACUUUGAAUAAUAUUCAAAGUCGACAUCAAAGCACAAAUAACGUUAUGACUCAAUCUUCUCCAACACAAUUGUAUUCUAUGCAACAAUAUUUUGAUCCUCGAAAUAGUCAACAAGUAGCUUGGAUGCAACAAGCUUACACACAUUAUUUUACACAGUACAUGCAAUUAAUGGCAGCACAAGGAAUCCAGUUACAAAGCACUAUUCCUCAUGUUCAGCAAAUGAAUAUUAAUCCAAAUGAAGUUACACAAAAUACAUAUGUGAAUAAUAAUAACAACAAUAAUAAUAAUGUUGGAGAUGAUCAACCUCAAGCAGCAGUACAAGAUGCAGCUGAUAUCAAUGCAGGCAAUAAUAUAGCUGGGGAGGAUGGUGCAUUUAAUCCAGAUUGGCUAGACUUUUUUUAUAUGCUAUCCAGAAUCAUUAUUCUUUUUAGUAUAGUGUACUUUUACUCAUCUCCACUCAGAUUUCUCAUUGUUACAUUUUUGGGCUUUGUGAUAUAUUUGUACCAGAGUGGAUUUUUCAGAUUACAAAACAUUAUAUAUAUACCUGAAAAUAAUAACGUACAUCCAGACAAUAACAAUCAAGUAUUACAAAAUGAAGGAGCAGCUCCAGAAGUUGUCCCUGUGCAACAAAAUGGUCAAGUUCCAACUGUACAACCGGAGGCUAGAACAAAUGCCAAUGAGGAAAAUGAAGAAGAAAGACCUGGUGCCCUUGCUUUCACAUGGACAUUUUUCAGUUCGUUUUUUGCUUCCCUUAUUCCAGAUCAACCAAACGUCAUUUAA